GCCGGGCUCUGUGAUUGGGCGGCGGGCGCUCUGGUGAUGGCUGAAGUAGUGGCCCAGCGGGAGAAAGCGGAAACGCUGCUGCACGUUGGCAGGAGGGUCCGAGCCAGCGAAUCAACCGCACAACAACUCGCUGCUCCCGGCCGCUGCUAUGUCUCAGGCUGAGUUUGAUAAAGCUGCUGAAGAAGUUAAGCAACUGAAAUCUCAACCAACAGAUGAAGAAAUGCUGUAUAUCUACAGUCACUUCAAACAAGCUACAGUUGGAGAUACAAACACAGAACGCCCUGGUUUUCUUGACUUCAAAGGCAAAGCGAAGUGGGAUGCCUGGAAUGCAUUAAAAGGAAUGGCCAAAGAAGAGGCAAUGAAAGCUUACAUAGCAAAAGUGGAAGAACUAAAGGGCAAAUAUGGCAUCUAAGAAUUGCAUCCUCUCCCCUCUUGUGCACCUGAAAUAUGCCUUAUUUCUUAAUACGCAGGAUAACUGAUUACUGGGGAUGACUGGAAUGGGUAGUGUACUGCAGUUUGAGUUCUGCAGUUCAGAUUAAACUUCUGUCUAAUUGUAAAUUACAUCUAAUGAAUUGAGUAGCUUUACUCUGUGAAUCAUUAAAGUAAACUUGUUACUUAUUUGUGGUGGCCACUUUCAUACAGGGAUUUGGCUACCAUUUGCUCAUCUCCACCUGAUAACUGACAGUGAUAAAUAUUUGCCAAAAGAAUAGCUAUGAUGCAACACUUUAAAAGUUUCUUGCACUUCCUGUUUGUCAUUGCAAAACUGAAAACUGCUAGCUAUCUCAGCUUCCAGAGCUGUCCUGCCCACUAGAGGGCUCCAAUAACCAACCUUUCAUAAUGCAAUAGUAACACUGGCUUCAUCAAAAUUAAACAGUAAUUGUGACCACAAUUACUAUCUCUAGUGUAGAGGAGACACUUGAGGGGUAACAUGCAAUUACUAUAGGCUAGAAUACUUGGAAAUGUGCUACAAUAGUUCAUGAUAAACUGGCUAACCUUAAGACUAUGUUUUAAAAAAAUGUAUUAAAGCUAAUGUUAAACAUUCUCAGUAUUCUUCCUAAUAUGGAUCUCUGUUACGGCUAGUGCCCUUUACCCAAGCAUGCUUGAUUUAAGCCAUUAGAAAGCCUAUCCCUCACAGUAUAAUCAUCUACAUAGCAUGCUUUGUGAGGAUCUCAAAGAACUUCCCCAAGUGGGGGAAAUCCUCAUGUGUUGGAAGAGGGAGGGCAGGGGUGAUUUCUGGUAAUUUGCCUACCAUUCUGCAGUCAAUAAUUGAUCUCUGUACCCACUACCAAUCACUAAAUCAUACUAUUGGUUAUAUGCCAUUCCCUCCCAUCUCCCUUUCUUUUAAUGUUCAAUAUAGGCUAACAGCCUGUUCCUCUGUCUGGAUACUUUAGUUUGUUGCUGUCAUUAAAGGGAAAGAAUGUGUGGCUGGAACAGGCAAGAACUUAAGUUGGCUUCCAACACAUUGUAGUACCAGUCGACAGCAUCGCAAACACCUCCCCAGCGAUAAUCUUAUCUGGGAAAAUCAUAGGCCUAGCUUUCAAAGUAACACUUUCAGGAGAAUUCAAGUAUCUUGUUUCAGUGGGUGUUUUGUAGCUACUUUUGUUUCAAAAGAUGAAGCCACAGCAUGGAUUAGUGUCAGCUCAGCAUGACCAUGAAUAAGGAUUGCUGAGAAUUCAGAUAACUAAGUUUGUUGUUGUGUGGUUUUUUUAAAGGUGACAACUUUCUGGUAGUAAGCAGCAUUGGCAAAGCUCCUGCAGUAGUGAUAUUGUUUCCUGAAUCUUUCACUGUCUGUGUUCUCCAUCUAUGUUGUUUAGCUUGGUCUUCUAUAUCCUGACAUUUUGUGUGCCAUAUUUCCAUCAUGAGAAGAUUCCUGUGCAUCAAUAUCUUUGCUCAAAAAACAUCUGAAGAUAUCAGUAGUUAUGUCCAUCUGCAUCUUGAUUUCCUGAAAUAUUUUCAUGUAUGACCAUUCUUUUCUCAAUGCAAUAAGUAAUGUUGCUUUUCUGGCAACUGCUUUGCUUGUGUGGUCUCUGCUGCAUCCAAAGUAGGCACAAGUUUUCUAGCAGUUGUUACUAGUAUUUGUCUUAAAUUCAUAUAAAAAGCCUUCUGCCCAUUGGCUGGUGAGUAGUGCUAGUUGAAACUAAGUUUCCAAUUCAUGAGAAAUUCUGGUAUUUUGAAAUUGUUUUUGUUCUGAACUGAAUUGAAAACAUUCAUUUUCAUGCAAAACAUGUUUGAAAAAAAGUAAUGCAUAAUAUAAAAUUUCAAACUGAAAACUCAAAACAUUCUAUUCCUUAUCAAAAUGCUUCAUUUCAAUGUUUUAAACAAAAUUUCAUCAAAAUGAAAAGUGCCUAUGAAAAGUUUCAAUUUUGACAAUGACAUUUUCCAAUGGUAUAAUGUUCCACUGGAAAAAAUUUUUACCAGCUCUGCUGCUGUGUGCUAGUUUAGCAGCGGAUGAACAGCAAGACUCAUUGGAGGAUGUGCACCAGGAGGCCAGUAACAAGAGCUCAAUCCUAGAGAUCCUGGCUUUCUGAGAAGGACUGACACCAGCCAACUAGAAGGCGGGCCCAAUUCCUAGGUAGCAGCCCAGGCUAGGACUAAUGAGGCAGAUCCUAUGGAGGAAACUUUAGCAUGUAUCUAUCUUUACAAUUUAUUAUGAUUGUGCUGUAUCGUUGUGCUACUUCUGUCCCAUUGUAAGCAAAUGUCUUUUCGGAGCCCCUUCCUUGGUCAAUGUU